CACUCCCUCAAUAUGGUUUCGCGCUAAUUUUACUAAACAAAUUGUCGAAAUGUCGCUUAAAAAGGCUCUCGACGAUUGUAUGAUUGAUUUCGACAGCUGUGUGCUGGUCAGCGAUCUUCUGGAGGAGUACAAGCUGUCCUACAAGGAGGUGAACGAUGUGCUGGAAGCCUACAUCAAAGAUCAGGAACCUGCCACUAAAUUCGAGAAGAGGUUUCUGGUCCAUGGCAAGCGCAAGAAGAAAGGAUCCGAUUCCGGGGAGGAUCUGUACUCUGUGGUGAUGGAGAGCAAGGUGCAGGAUUGGCUGGCCAAAGUCCAGGAUGCGGAGUCCCAGCUUUAUAGUGUGAAAAUUGCCGGUGGCGCCAAAGCGCCGGCCGCGAUUUUUAAGCCCAUGCAGCAUUUGGAGGUGAAGUUGGCCAAGGUGGAGCAGCGUCCUGGAGCGGAAAAGAGUGCGCCCAGUGCAAAUGGAGGUGCCCCCAACAAUGGAGUAAAGUCCGAACCCAUUAAAUCGGAGUCAUCCAAGUCUGUUGCUAAGUUAGAACCCUCAAAAUCGUCACUUAAAUCAGAGCCAUUGAAGCCAGUGGCAGAGAAGUCAGUAGGCGCCAAGGGCAAGUCCUCUCCAGAGACUCAGAAGACCUCGCCCAAGGAUCAGGCCUCUAAGGCCAAGCCUGCAGUGGCCAAAAAGGGUAGCAUUAAUAGCUUCUUCACAGCGGCGUCCAGCAAACCAAAGGAUGUCAAGGAAACGCCCAGCAAACCGGCUUCCGGCACCAUGGACAACUUCUUCAAGAAGCAACCUGCAGGAGCAAAGAAGUCGCCACCGGAAAAAGAAGAUAAAUCCAAGAAAGAGGCUUCCACUUCAAAUAAGAAGGAAGCCUCGAAGAAGACGGCCAUUAGUCCAACCAAAAAGCCCUCAACCGCAAACACCUCCAUGCAACUGUUCGACGAGGAGAGCGCCUCCUCUGACGAGGAGGAAAAGCUGGACAUGCUCCGGCGAAAGGUGAUCGAAUCGGACAACGAAUCCGAUCCGGAGAAGGCCUCGACCUCCAAGCGACGACGAAUCAGCGACUCUGAGGACGAGGAGCAGCCACCCAAGAAGACCGCCGAUGAAGAAGUCAUCUCGGUGGACGAGAAAAUGGAUUCGGAACCGGCCAGUGAAACCUAUCUGGACGAAGAUGGCUUCGUUAUCACGCAGCGAAAACCUACAAAAGCCCAGCCAGUCAAGAAAAAGGUUUCGCCAAAGGCUGCAGCCCCCGUCAACAAAAAGAAAUCGCCUCCUGCAGCCGCCAAAGCUGGAAAAGAUGCGCCGAAAACCAAACAAGCCGGCAUCAUGAACUUUUUUUCCAAGAAGUAAAUAACAGCAUGCAGUUGGUAAAAUAAGACUUAUGAUUAAGUAUGGGUGCAGUUAAUGUUUUUAAUAAACUUAUAAAUGAUAGAACAAA